AUGUGGUAUUUAAAAAUGAAUUUAACGGGAGAAGCAGAGAGAUAUAUAAGACAUCUUACAAUAACAGAUGCAAAUUACUCUGUAGCUUGGAAGCUAUUAGAAGAGAGGUUCAAUAAUACAAGGUUACUAGUAACAAACAUUUUGGAUAAGUUAAUAGGACAACCAAGUAUUGUACCUGGGUUAAGUAAAUCAAUUAAAGGUCUAUUUAACACAAUACAAGAAUGUAUCAUGAUGUUAGAAAAUUUAGAAUUGGAAGUUUACAAUAAUUGGAAUCCAAUUCUAUUACAUAUUUUAAUGAAGAAACUUGACAAAGACACUCAUAGUCUACAAGAGUUUCUCAGGUUUAUUCAAGCAAGAUUUCAAGUGCUAGAAGCUAUAGGUGAUAGUAGAGGCAAGUCACCAAAACUCCAGAAAACGGCUUACGUAACAACAGGAGUCAUCUUAAAUAGUAAUAGUGGAUGUUUGGUAUGUAAAGAAAAACAUUCAUUAUUUAACUGUUCAAAGUUUUUAGAAAUGAUGCCCCAAGAAAAAGGCUUAUGUGCAAGGAAGCACAAUUUAUGCACAAAUUGCUUCAAGAAAGGCCACUUUUGGAAAAAAUGUGUUUUGAGUAACUGUAGAAAAUGUCAGCAAAAGCACAACACAUUGAUUCAUGAUUUAUACAAAAAGGAAGUUAGUCAAGGUUCCACUACAAAACAACAAGCGACAGUUAAUAUAUCAAUGUCAGAGGUUGAAACUGCAAAAUAUAUAAUUUUGGGAGUGGCAAUAGUUCAAGUACUUAAUAAAGCAAACAAUCCAAUCGAAUGUCGAGUAUUAUGUCGAGUAAUAAGUGAAAGUUUGAACAUUUAUGGUGUACGAAACUGUCAAGUUCAAUCUAGAAAUCGACUGAUUGUUAAAAUUAUGUCAAAAACAAGUAUGUUUGAUACUAGUAUUGAAGCUAAUGUGAUAAGAUCAAUAACUACUUGUCAACCGCAGAAAUAUAUUGACAUAUCACAGUGGUCAAUACCAGCGUCAACAAAGUUAGCUGAUCCACACUUCAAUAGUCCGCAGAAAGUGGAUAUGCUACUAGGCGUUGAGAUGUAUGCAGAAUGUGUGAACGGGGGCAAAUUCAAACUGGGAGCAGAUUUACCAAUAUUACAAAAAACAGUAUUCGGCUGGACGAUUCUUGGUGACACAACAGAAGCAAACCAAUAA